UGACCUAACACAGUGAGGCUCAUAAGUUGAGUCUAAAGCUUCAGCUUACAUGUACAGGAAGAUCAACAAGACAAUGUUUAUUGGACUCCAGCUCAGCAUGGAUGCACUUUGUGUCUGAGCGAAAACCCGGUAUUAUGUGCCCAUUUGGUUUUGCCGGUUUGGGGGUCAUCUGAAAUAUUAUUGUCACUGUACCUCUCUGUGAUCAGCACAGACUACAUUUCAAGGAAAUCUGGGUGCGUCCCCUUUAAGAAACGUGAAACCCCGCCCCGUGCUCACAGCCUUUGUACUUCCCAGCAACCCUCCGGGUGAGGCGGAACAUUUCUCUGGAGGUUGGGGGUCACCGCCUCUUGCCGGGGACGGGAGCGUUGUGAACUACAUUACCCUGAAAGCACUGCGCCGCGCGUCAGGGGCACUGGACCAAUGAAGACUCGGGAAGAGGCACUUCCGUUCUGGAGGACGGCGUUUGGGCGGGCCUUCCGGCGUGGAUCGGCGACAUUUUGUAAACACGGAUCUGUUCACUGGUGGUGAGGUUGAGGACGCUGGUCUAGCCCGAGAUCAAGGAACUAGGAAGCUGCUGUGCCAGCUGCUCUGAGGCAGCUCUGAGGCGGUCUAAGGCUCGGCGUGGGCGCCAUCCAGCCUGACUCUGUUGCGGGGCCGGGACGGGGGCUGCAGUGCCCGGGCCCCACCUUCGCACACAGACUCCCUUGGCGGCGGCAGCGCUGAUGGGUCCGAUUCAGGUUCCACACUCAGCAGAACCACUUAUGGACACUGCACUGGGCUCUGUGACCUUUGAGGACGUGGCUGUGUACUUUUCCCAGGAGGAAUGGAGGCUUCUUGAUGAGGCCCAGAGAUUCCUGUACCAUGAUGUCAUGCUGGAGACCUUUGCACUUGUUGCAUCAUUGGGUUGUUGGCAUGGAGCAGAGGUCAAGGAGACACCUUCUGAACAGAAUGUUUUUGUAGAAGUGCCACGAAUAAAUACUUCAAAGACAAACCUGUCCACCCAGGAGGCCUAUCCCUGGGAGAGGUGUAGCCCAGACUUAGAAGGUGGUUUGCAUCUAGCUGAGGACCUCGGAACAAACCCUGGCCAGAAACUGUGUGGGUCAAGUGUGAAAUUUCACCAGCACAGUGGAAAGAAACUCUUUAGAAGAGAUGUGGGUAAGGCCUUUAUGAACAGCCACAUAGUCCAUGCAUCCAAGAAGUCUUCCACAUGCCAGGAGGCUGGGAAGAAUUUCCCUGGUAGCUCUAGCCUUCUCCAGCACCAGGUCACUCCACAAAAGGACGCCGAAUGUGUGGAAGCCUUUCACAAUGAACAACGGCACUAUAAGUGCAGUGAAUGUGGUAAAGCCUUCUGCCGCAAGUACAGGCUUGCUCAGCACCAGAGAGUCCACACUGGAGAGAGGCCUUAUGAAUGCAGUGAAUGUGGGAAAACCUUCAGCUAUAAACACAUACUUAUUCAGCACCAGAGAGUCCACACUGGAGAAAGGCCUUAUGAGUGCAGGGAAUGUGGGAAGGCUUUUAGCAACAAACCCACACUUGUUCGGCAUCAGCGAAUUCACACUGGAGAAAGGCCUUAUGAGUGUAGUGAAUGUGGCAAAUUCUUUAGCCAAAGCUCCAGCCUCAGUGAACAUCAGAGAAUUCACACUGGAUCACGGCCUUAUAAAUGCAAUGAAUGUGGAAAAUUCUUUACGUCCAACUCCAACCUAAUUAAACACCGGCGAGUUCACACAGGCACAAGGCCUUAUGAGUGCAGUGAAUGUGGGAAAUUCUUUAACCAAAGUCCCAGCCUCAUUAAACAUCAGAGAAUCCACACUGGUGAACGGCCAUAUGAAUGCAGUGAAUGUGGGAAACUUUUUAGCCAAAGCUCUACUCUCAUUAAGCACCAGAGAGUUCACACUGGAGUAAGGCCUUAUAAAUGCAUUGAAUGUGGGAAACUUUUUAGCCAAAGCUUUGGCCUCACUCAACACCAGAGAAUUCACACUGGAGAAAGACCAUAUGAGUGCACUGAAUGUGGAGAAUUCUUUAGCCAAAACACCCAACUUACUCAACACCGAAAAGUUCACACUACAGAGAGGCCUCUUGAGUGUAGCAAAUGUGGAAAAGUCUUCAGUCAAAGGUCUGCUCUGACUGAGCACCAGAAACUUCACAGCCCAGACAGACCCUUUGAGUGCAGCGAAUGUAGGAAAGCUUUCAGCCGAAGGUCUAACCUCAUUCGUCACCAGAAAGUUCAUACUGGAGAAAGGCCUUCAAAUGAGAUGAGGAGAGCAGUGAAUGAGCUGUCUCCUUAGUUAAUACAUCAUACUGAAUAGGCUCUGUGAGGGAGUCAUCAACUGGAAGUUGAAUGCCAUACAUCUGAACAGCCCUAGUGUGUAGAUUGCCUCUGUGUACCAGGUUCAGAGGAAGCUUUUAAGGAGCUACACUCUACUUUCUAACCUGUGCAGGGCCCUUGCCAGACUAACGUCAGUGUGAGUUUCUGUGGUAAAAAUCAUCUUACUUCUACCAAGUGGCAGUCACCUCAGUGUAAUCAGGGUAGGUAGACCUGUUUUCUCGCAUCCUGUGGAGGGAAGCAUGAGUAGCCUGAGCACUUGGGUGUUACCAUUCUCUUGUGUCUAACUGACUAGGCCAUGGACUUAACCAGCUUUGACCAAGGUGACCCAGUCUGGGUUCUGCUGGUGGCUUACAGAGGGUUACCUUUUUCAGUGGCAUUAUUUCAUGUCAUACUCCGGAUGGAUUUUUCUAGCUCUAUGUCACCUGUUUGGGAAUUUUGUAUACCUCAGUGGGGAUAGUAUCAUGGCAGAGAAUAGUUUUCAUUGCAGUUUGUGUCUAAUUUGCAUUGCUGUCCAAGGCCUCCUGCAGGGCUUUGUGGGAAUAAUGUUGUGACCUG